AUGAUCAUCGUGCUGGUCGUUUUUAUUUGUGGCUUGAUACAUUCAAGCCACCCGUUGGACAACGGGCUAGCAUUGACGCCUCCAAUGGGCUGGUUGUCAUGGCUGCGGUUCGGCUGCAACACCGAUUGUGAGAAACAUCCGAAUGAAUGUAUCAGUGAGAACCUGAUAAAGAGAACAGCUAGAGUGAUGGGCGGCGAGGGUUACGUGGAGGCAGGCUACGAAUAUGUGAUCAUUGACGACUGCUGGCUAGAGAAGAAGCGUGGACCUGAUGGACGACUGGUAGCUGAUAAGAAACGUUUUCCCAGUGGGAUUAAGGCUCUUUCUCAGUAUCUCCAUAGUAUGGGUUUAAAGUUUGGCAUUUAUGAAGAUUAUGGUAAUUACACUUGUGAGGGCUACCCUGGUGUCCUAGGCCAUGAAGCUCUAGAUGCUGCUACAUUCGCCGAAUGGGAGGUGGAUUACGUGAAGCUGGAUGGGUGUGGUGCUCCCGAUCCUGAUAAAGGGACGAUCUCCGGCAACAGUAAGCGCGGGUCUGCGGACGGCGAGUCAAGGCAACUCGAGCGUACGGCGCGUAGCGUUCCGCGCGCACCUCAAGGACCACCACAGACGGGGCCCUAUAAGGCUGAUGUUCAGCCGGGGUUGCGGGGUAAGCGCAAUGAGGCACCGCGACCUCGGCCCAGAGCAGGAGAAGGAAUAGGGGGGUUUUUACCGAAUUACUCUGCAAUAGCAAAAACGUGCAAUAUUUGGCGGAACUACAGGGAUAUUCAAAACUCUUGGGAAUCGUUGCUGAGCACCAUUUUAUGGUUUGGGGACCACCAAGACGAGUUCGCCGAGUUCGCAGGUCCUGGCAACUUCAACGACCCUGACAUGCUUGCAAUCGGAAACUCUGGUCUGACAGAAGACCAAGCAAAAGUGCAGUUUGCUAUCUGGUGUAUCAUGGCGGCUCCUCUCAUCAUGAGCACUGACCUAUCUACCAUAAAGCCGGAGUUCAGGGCGAUUCUGUUGGACAAGUAUCCGAUUUCAGUAAACCAGGAUGUUUUGGGCAAACAAGGACGUCGGAUUUCGAUCAGUGAUGAUAAGAAGCAGAUGGUCUAUAAAAAAGAAAUAGCAGGUGAUGCCUAUGUGCUGUUGUUUGUCAAUCUCCAUUCUAAUGCAGUUGAAAGCUCGUUCACACAUGAACAGAUGGAACUACCUGUUCAAGACUACAUUGUGGAGGAAUUGUACAGAGAAGAACCAUAUCGAUUAUUGAGUGUUAAUGACGUUUUCAAAGUGCAAAUCAAUGCAACAGGCAAGCAAGCAGAAGCGAAGCUCGAAGCACACGAAGACACGAAGUUGCGGUCCACGACACUGAACACGUGUGUAGUCGUCGGCGGCACCGGAGCGAAAGGACGCAUCACGCGGCACGCGCCCUAUUAUAGCCUCGCGCUGUGCUCGCGACAUCGCGACGAACGGCGACCGUGA